AUGUCGUCGGAUCCUAUUCUCGAUGCUGCGGCGAAACAUGCUCCGCCGGAGGGACAGGUGUAUAUGUAUGGGACUGCUGGGGCUAACAACAUCAGUGAUGUCCUGGACUCUGUUCUGACCCGUGUUGGUCUCAUCGCCGCUCUCCGCUCGCGGGCGCUGAAAGGGAAAUGGAUUGGCGUGAUGAUUACAGCGUCGCACAAUCCUCCUCAGGAUAACGGUGUGAAGCUGGUGGAGCCAUUGGGCAACAUGCUACAGGAAGACUGGGAAGUCAUCAGCACCGAAAUGGCAAACCAGAAGACCCCCGAAGACGUGUCGAAAUUCUACCACGAAAUCGCCGCGACGCACAAGAUCGACCUCAGCGCACCCGCACGCGUCGUCGUAGCGCGAGACACAAGAGCAUCUGGAUCGAGGCUACUUGGUUGUCUUCUCGAUGGCCUCAAGUCUGCCAACGCAGAACACAAGGACUACGGCUUCUUGACCACCCCACAACUCCACUAUAUGGUUCGAUGCUUGAACACCGAGGGCACAAAGGAUGCAUACGGUGUGCCCACCGAAAAGGGCUACUACGAGAAGUUUGGUGCAGCCUUCAAAACUGCACUCAAGGGCAAGAAACCUGCCGGAAGCUUGACGGUCGACUGUGCCAACGGUGUUGGUGGACCAAAGCUGACUGAGCUCAUCAAGUACCUUCCACCCAAAGAGGAAGGUCUGGAGAUUCACGUCAUCAACGACAAUGUAAUCAAGCCGGAAAGCUUGAAUGUCGACUGCGGCGCAGACUUUGUCAAAACUAACCAGCGCGCCCCUCCCUCGUCCAAAGUCGGUCCAGGCGAUCGCUGUUGCUCCCUUGAUGGCGAUGCAGACCGCGUAGUCUAUUACUUCAAGGACGAAAAGAAUGUCUUCCGCCUGCUCGAUGGAGAUCGCAUCGCUACGCUCGUUGCCUCUUUCCUCGGCGACCUCGUCCGCUCGAGCGGUCUUGCAUCGUCCCUCAAGAUUGGCGUAGUACAGACUGCCUACGCCAACGGUGCAGCCACAAAGUACGUCGAAGAAACGCUAAAACUGAAAGUAGACUGCACUCCUACGGGUGUCAAGUACCUGCACCACGCUGCCGAGAAGCUGGACAUUGGGGUGUACUUUGAAGCCAACGGCCAUGGCACUGUCAUCUUCUCACAUGAUACCCUCUCCACGAUCGCUCAACACGAGCCCCGUAACCCGGGUGAAGCAGAAGCUCUUGAUGUGCUCCGUGCAUGCAUCAACCUGAUCAACCAAUCCGUUGGGGACGCACUAUCUGAUUUCCUCCUCGUCGAAGUUGUUCUAGCACACAAGCACUGGGGUCCACAGGAAUGGCUAAACACAUACACGGACCUACCCAACCGCCUCGCCAAAGUCAUUGUCAAAGACCGUACCGUGUUCAAAACCACGGAUGCAGAGCGUAAACUCACGUCGCCCGAAGGCGUCCAAGCGCAGAUUGACAAGGAAGUGUCCAAGGUACGUCAAGGACGCAGUUUUGCGCGCGCCAGUGGCACAGAAGAUGCGGUCCGCGUCUAUGCCGAAGCUGCGACCAAGGCCGAAGCAGAGGACUUGGCGCGCAAGGUGAGCGAUAUCGUCAAGGCUGCUGGCGGGGCUUAA